CCGCCACUCUCCCUCUCCCAGCCGUUUCUUUCUCCCUCCCCCUUUCUCUCUCUUCUCCCCUGCUCUUUCUCCCAGGCACCCGCGCGCCAGGACGCCGAAGCUGCGCGAGCCGCGCGCCCAGCCCCGUGCCGCGCGACCCCGCUGCCGAGCGCGCCUAGCUCGCAGCGCGCGCGCGAUUUCGCCGAGCACCCGCCCCGAGCCGCCUCUGCACGCCAACCGAGCCGACGCCGCGACCAAGCUCAAGCAUCGACGCGCAGCCACGGAAGCCGACCGCGCCCGCGUGCUGGACGCCCGAGCUCCUGCGCCCCGCGCGCAGCGCCCUGUUCCGACCGAGCGAGCCCGCGCGACCGACCGCGCCAACAACCGAGCAGCCGAAACCGCCCGCGAUCGUUUCCGCGUUAAUGGUGAUUCAAUGCGUUUGUUUCUCCCCGUUACUCCCUCUCCUCUAUGAACGACAUUCAUGGUGCCUUGAAGUCAUGGCCGGCCACCUCCCCGAGCGUCUCUUACUCUUCCCUCUCUCUAUAAAAUGGAUGCCCGAGCCCUCUCCCUUCCCUGUCCAAGCUUUUCCCCAUCGCUACCUCGCCCGGACGUGUUCGUCGGCCGCCGUACGUCGUUCGUCGGAGCUCGUGCCCCGUCAUCCGCUCUCAACCCCAGCCACCUCGCCCCUUCCUCCUUCUCGCAGUGGAGCACGUUCCGUCGUCCGCGCCGUCGCCGAUUCGCUGGACCAUCCACUGCCCUGCAGUGCUCGGACCGCCCGUGGAGCCUCGCCGGAGCGUACCUCGCCGUCCACGCAGCACCUCUGCCGAGACCACCCUGCCCUUCCUCCUGUACCUGAGCAAACUCAAGAUUGAAGACAACCCAAGAUUGUUGAUGUAUUUUCUAAAUCCUGUUUUAAAUUACUUUAUGGAUCUUGUGAUUUAUCGUGGUAUUAUCGAUGCGAUUCACAUGUAUGAUUUUAGAGGUUCGAUAUAUACGUGUAACUAAAAUCGAACCCCGUGACAAUAUUUUGAAAAUGCGUAUGAUUUUAUAAUUUUAAAAAUGAGUACGGUCACUAUUUACUAACUUAGUGAUUUUCAUACUAGAAAUGUUUACGGAUUUGUUUUUACUUUAGUGUGUGGAGCGAUAACCGGUUAUUAUUGGUACAAGUGUAAUUUUAGAAAUUAAAAUAGAAACACUAGGC